AGGACUAGCUCUGGCUAACCUUCAUCCUGAAAAGCUCAUUCUCUUACUAAUAUAUUGAGAAUAUAUUCUGAAAUUUUUAAGUGAAACAUUAUCAUAAAUCAGCAAUGUCUGGGAAAGUAACAGUACAGCAGCGAUCUACUGCCAAUUCUGUGGCCACUAUUGCCCUUGAUGUUAAUGAGAAAAUAUUGAAGUCCUGCCAUGAACUCUACACACAGAAGGACUCAGGCCUUAUAGCCAUCGGCACUUCCCUGGGUCUUCCAUUGCUACCUCCUCGCAAGAAGAUCACUGUCAUGCUCAUGGGGAAUCAUUCUGCCGGCAAGUCUGCCUUCAUAAAUUGGUACAUUGAGGAGCACGUACAGAAGACGGGCGUGGCUAUUGAAACUCAGGGCUUCUCGUUCGUGACCAGCGGCAGGAAGAGGGAGUCUCUGACGGGGAACGCAACGCUUCAUCUGUAUCCUCACUUCCAGCCGCUGCAGCAAAUUGAAGGCGUGCCCGACUACCUGAACACGGAGAUAAGCACAUCGAAGGCCCGUAAGUUCCCGCUGGUGACGUUCAUAGACACGCCGGGGCUGGUGGACGGAGAUAUGAAGUAUCCCUUCGACGUCAACCAGGCGCUACUCUGGCUCGGUGACUUGUGUGACUUGGUGUUCGUGUUCUUCGACCCGAUCGGGCAGGCGCUGUGCCGCCGUACGCUCGACAUCGUCGAGGAGCUCAACAUGAAGCAUCCUGACCGCAUCCACUUCUACCUCUCCAAGGCUGACGAGGCCGGCCUCGAGACUGACAGGCAGAGAGUGAUGAUGCAGAUCGUGCAGGAGCUGUGCAAGAGACCAGGCCUAAAUAAAACAGGCUUCGACAUGCCCACCAUCUUCAUACCCAACCCGGGCAAGGUUGUACGAUGCAGCAACCAGAUCGAGGAGUGCUGCAGCGUCAUCGAAAAGACGAUCCAGCGCACCGUGCAGCACACGCUUAAUCAGCUCGAGAGCGACAGCCUCGCCAUCGUCGGCCUUGUUGAUAGCGCCCUCAGACUCGACGAUGCUGCUCGACGUGUUAACUUCAAGUCAAGGGUGCGAGGCGCGGGCUUCUCGCUGCUGGGGCUGGCGCUGCCGGUGCUGCAGCUGCUGCUGGUGCUGCUCUCCUCUGCGCCGCUGCUCACCCUGCACGCCCUCUUCGGCGAGGCCACCGCCUCUGCCCUCAUGUUGUACAUGUCCCCGCUGCUAGGGUUCUGGGUGGGCCUGGGCCCCCAGAACCAGUCGUGGUGCCUGGCCGUGUGUCUGUCGGUGUCGGGUCUGCUACUCGUCAUCUCCCGCCUCGUCGGCGUCAAACAACCGACGCUGCAGAAGAAGAACCGAGCGCUGCUCGUCGAGAAGAAACGCCUCGUAUCUGAGGUCGUCUUGACUAAAAAGCAAAGCAUGUACGAGGAAUACUUGAAGCAGAGCGUUUCAGAGCACGACCUCUGAUCUCCUGACGCAGUUCAGCGUCCUGCCUGACGCAGUUCAGCGUCCUGCCUGACGCAGUUCAGCGUCCUGCCUGACGCAGUUCAGCGUCCUGCCUGACGCAGUUCAGCGUCCUGCCUGACGCUGACAACCCUCACAAAUUGUGAUAUAUUUUCUCCAAAGAGGAUGGUCGCGUUUGCAUGGAGGCCGCUCCGCAUUUCAGACUAGGACCGUAAUGGUGUGAUCGAGUCUUUAGUUUAAAAAAAUAACGGGUGCGGAAUAUUACAUGAGCAACUCUAAGUGCCUUUAAUACUGUUGACUUCCAUUAGUUAGUGUAACGAUAAUGAUUUCUGAUGCGCUGUUCAAAUUGUUACCUGAAGUGAAUAUCGUCAGCAUUUUUACGAGCUACUCAAUGGUGGCAAGUCGUGGAGUAACCUUCGAAUGGAAAUGAAAUAGAUAUUCAAACAAGAUUUUCUAGCAGCAUUGUAUAUUAGGACAUUUUUGGUCUUAUAAAAAACCGAAUAAAUCGCGAUUUUUUGUUAAAUUCUAUUUAAUUGUGAUCAAUGUUUGAAAAAAAUUAAUACUUGUUAAACAACCCGUAGACUAUUCAUUCUUGGAAAUUCUAUCGCUGUGAGGGCAUAACUAUUCCUAAGCUAACCAUCAAUGAAUUUUCAUCAUUCGUUUUAAGCGAAAAUCGAUUACAUCGCAGCUAAUUUCUUAGGGAUCUUAGGAAUGAUAGAAAGUUUUACUGUAAUGAAGACUGUGCUCCAUCUCGUACAGAGAAGUGAGGUAUAUUUUGCAUAGAAUGUCCAUGAUAUUAUAAGAAAUAAGAGAAAACUACGAAUUUAGUACUUCUACAGUUUGUUUUAAUAAUUAUAUUCUUAUUGUUGGCACAAGUGGGGAGUGUGUGACGUCUGUGUGAAUUAUGUUUAGAGUGUGCGUACAAACAUGUUCAUGGAAGUGUCGUUAAGAAUGGAAUUGUGUUCAAUAAAAUUUUAAUGAAUAAUGAAACGUUCAUGCUGUGCUGUAAAAAUUACGAUCAAAGCUAGGAUUCUCUUAUAUAUUUGUAUCUUUUAAUAAGUGCCUACAUUGUAUUGAUAGCUUUCAAAUUUUGUUGAACGUUUCUACAAUUCAGAAGCAUGACUUUGCAUGCUUACAUGUUUUAUGACUUUGCUCGGCUGGCACUGUAGCCUGACAAGUUUCUAAGUUUAUUUCAGUAGUUAAUCAAUAACUCAUCCAAGCUUAAACAUUGCAGCUUGCGUCCUCAGAAACCCUCACCCUAUGACUCUUUGGUAUCUAAAUCUGCAUUCACGCAAUUGAAGAGUAAAUGGUUUCUCCAUCUGAUGAUAUCUUUGAACAGAAUAUCUCUGAAUAAGUAGAAUAGAAAAUUUCAACACUAUCUUGUAGAUUGUUCUGCUUAUAAAAUCGCUUUUUGUCGAUAUAUAGAGGGUGCUGCAUGUAUUGCUGGUGGCACGUUCUAGGUGUAAUAUGUGUAAGAAUUUUCGUCGUAUGUUGUCGUCCUGUGGUGCCCAGAUCAUGACAGCCAGAUGGUUUUUAACUAGAAGAUUUAUUAUUAACGAUCUGAGUGUGUUUUAUCUGCAUGGUCUCGUUUGUUCAGAUGAGCUCAUCUUUCCUCAAUUUAGAAUGAUGGGUGAACUGUUUUCUAUUCAAAGGCGAUUAAUUUGAUUAAUUAUAUAUAAUUUGCUUGAUUGAGGGAUGGAUUAUGGACCCUCUUAAAUUAGGAGAGAUGAACGUUUGCGUUAAGGAUGGUGGUUGGGAAAGCCACACAAUGAACAAAAUAUUUUGUAAACCAUUACACACUUACAGUUCCCUAACCGUGACGAGUUGAUGAGUGUGACUGGUCUUUAUAUUUAUUGUCAUUUGAUGUCUCAGUUUCCAAACAAAUUUCCAGGGCAGCUGUGGUAAUAAACUUUUAGAAUAGGAUAGGUUGUGGGAAAAUAUCUAUUCAACUGUAGAGGUGUGAAACUCUCACACAUUGAGGAUUGACGAGUGUCGAGGCUUCGUUGUCAAUUUGUGACUCUUCGUACUCAUGUCUUCCAAAAGCAUAAAAUUGUUUAUCAAAUAAGGUGUGUGUUGUAUGUUAGAUUAUUUACACGGUUUUUCCCCUUAUAGUCGCUGGCUAGCUCUAAAUUUAAUUCUUGCAUAAAACAUAUCGGUUUUAGUUAAUAUGAUUAGGACGUUGUACCAUUUUAGUUACUCUAAGUGUGCAUAGUUAAUUCUCCUUAUAAUUUAUUUAGUAGCAUAUGUACAAAACGCGUUGAAAUGCUGGACUCUUUUCUACGAGGUUGCUAGUACAAUAAUAUUCACGAACCUUGGUGCGAAAAAUGUUUUCUGGAUAAGCCUUAUAAUUUGACGUCUCUUCUUGGAGUGAACAGUCUUUUUUUUCCAAAUUUAUAACCUAUCAUAAUGGUGCAAAUGAGUUUUCUAUGAAAAUUCACGCGUUCCGCAUAAAAUAGAUUCUAGCCCAAUA